UGGAUAUUUAAAAAAAAGUACAAAUAAAAGUUCGUAACUGAUUGGUGAACAGUGUCGAUAUGGAUUAUUUCAUCGAUUUAAUUUUUCAUAUCCGCUUCUGGAGGUGCUCACCAUCGAGGAUGUUGUGACCAGUUGGGCCGGACAUGCUGGACAUGCCGCUCGCCUUGGGUCCAGAAGAGCUCCAGGGCGUCCUGCAGAUCUGCGACCCGGCGUCCUCAGGAUUCGUAUCCAUGGAAUAUUUCACACAGCUGGCUAGGGACCAUUACGACAACCAGGUGGAAGCUGACAAGCUGGUGAACCAGCUCGACACGAGAGGCCGCGCCUUCAUCUCGUACGCCGAGUUCUGUGCUGCUGUCAACGCCAUUCUCAAAGAUUCCGAUAUUCAGGAUACGAGUGGAAACGAAGUCACCAAAGAGAAAAAAGGAGGAACGGAUAGAAUGAUGGCGCCGAGUGUUGGUCAAAGGGCCCCUCCGACGAUAGACGAUCAGUCAAAUGGGCAGGUCAACGGCGAAGCGAGCGUAUCCGACGGCGAGAGUUACGAAAGUUACGGCCAGAUGGACAUCUACAACUCGAGCCCGAAUCAAAGUGAUGGUGUUAUAAGAGCGCCGAAUGGAAGCACUUUAAGGAGAAAUACAUGGCUGAGAUCCAGUCUGAAAAGGAGCAGCAACAACCACGAAAAUCUUCCCAACAGGAGAUGGGGCUCUUUUAGACAAACAUCAGGCAAACGGGUCGGAAAUGCAGUAUCCAGCCUAAACCGGAGUUCUUCUUUUAACUCCUCUGGAAGGAGCUCUGCGUGCGAUACUGCGGAUGAUGUGUAUUCGGAUGUUUCACUCGAAGAGGAAGUCCUCGAUCUCAAUCAUAAGGUGCAAAUGUUACAAGAGCAAAUGAGUAUGUUAGCUGAUAACCAGACGAAUGGAGAUGAAAGGUACACGAGGGUAAAACAAGAUAAUGCCACUCUUCAGGCGAGGGUUUUGAUGCUUGAAGAGCAGAUAAGAGAAGUAGAAUUGAGAGCUCAGGAAAAGCUCCGAGAUGAGGAGAGAUGGCAUCGGGAAAUGGUCUCGCGUAUGGAGAGCGAGAAACAACUCCAGUUAGAAAAUUGUGCCAUUAGACUUCAAAGCAUUGAACUGGAGAACUGUUCGCUUCGGGAAGAGGCGAACAGGUAUAGAACACAAGCUGAGAAGCUAAGAAGCGAAGUGCUCCGCUUAGAAGAGGAGCAGAGCCGGUACGAAGCCAACUUGGCAGCUUUAAAAGAAGAAUUAGAAUUAGUAAUAGAGAGGGAACGAGAAAAUAAUCAAACUACUCGUUUAAAUCAACAGUUUGCCGAAGAACUGAAUCAAGAACUUGAAUGUCUUAGACUUGAACAUAAAAAAACACUUGAAGAACUUGAAUUAAGAGGAUCCGGAGUCUCUCCAACAACACACGAACAACUUAGGUCAAAAUUCUCACAGUUGAGAGAAGACAAUAGAAGGCUGCAAGAAGCUCACGACGAGAUGCAGGCGCUUCUGCUCACGAAGAGCGUCGAGGAAGGAAGGAGCCUUCUGACAGGUCACCAAAGCCUAGCGGCGGAACUCGAGGCCCUGUCGCAAGACGAGCCUGCAGCAGAAAGCAAGGAAUCUGAGGUGAGAAUCAUGCUGAAAGAACAGCAGGAGGUGAAUGCCCAGCUUCGGCGGUACAUCGACGGAAUCCUUCUUAACAUUGUCGACAACUAUCCGCAACUACUUGAAGUCAAACCGGCCCUCCCGUGAUUUCAAUGAUUUAUUUUUUUAAACUUUAUUUUCGCCGGCUGUGAAACUAUUUAUUGUUAAAGAAAUCGAUUUAAAACACACACACUAAAAAAUAAAAAAAAAUGAUAUUACGCAUGAGAAAAGGUGAAGAUAUUGUCAAUAAAAUAAUAAAAUGUAAAAAAAAGAAAUUUGUAAAUCCAUGUUUUUAUUUUUAAAUCUUUUAUUUUAUUAUUAGCUUUUUUUUUAGUAAAUCGUCUUUUCUUUUCUUUUUGUUUUUUCUCUAAAAUAUAUAGUAUUUUAUAUGCUUGCGUUGCAAUACUUGUCUUUUCAAAAGUGUUUUAUGGUUUUGAAAUAGUAAGUAUUAUUGACUAUUCCUUGAAAUUGGAUUUAUUUUAUCAAAAAUAAAUUUAACUCCCUUUGUGGGAAGAUAAGGUCAUUUUAGAAACACACAGUAUGAAUUAAUUUUUACAAACUAUUCAUCCAAUUGUCAUUAACAAUUUAAAAUUAAUUAUAAUUACUUUAUAAUUUUAACAAAACAAAACAAACAAAAAACUGAAGCCACUUAAACACUUAACAAAAUCACAGGAAACAAGGUGGCAUUUGAAUGGUUUGAAAAAUUUUCCAAGGUGAAAAUAUUAUUCAAAAUAAAGAUAUCUUAAAGUUUACUCUUAAAAACUGAAUAAUUUAUUAAACAAAUUUUAAAAUCAAGACCAAAUAAUUGACUCAAUUUUAUUUUAUUUAUUUAUUUAUUUUAAGUGAAAAAGUCAUAAACAAUAUUUCUUUUAAAUAACAAUUUUAACACAUUUUGAAAACAUGGAGUAAUUUGUUUAAACUUGUAGACCAUGAACUAUAAAAACAAGGCUUGAUUUAAUCUUUGAAAUUGAUUGAAAGUAAAAAAUUAAAGUGCCAAAUGAAGUUUUUCUUUUAAUAUUCUUCAGUGGGACUUUUGAAAAGAGACUUAUGAGUUAGGAUGGAUAUAUGUUCAUCGCAUCACCUUCACCUUGAAAAAAAAAAA